AUGCCAAAGAAAGGACUUGGUGAGUGUUCAAAUUUACUUCUUUUACGCUACCGGAGUUUACUAAUAAAAGGGAAUAUUUUUCAUUUGGCGUCAGGGAAAACUAUGGGGGAUAGUUCACAAUUUCGCAGUAAACUAAUUCUGAUUUUUGCUCCAUUAUCACACUAUUUCAGAAUAAGGGAUAACCACUUGAUGGGGACUUAUUGCUAUGUUCGAUACCAUUUAGAGCAGUUGGCGUUUUCUCAAAAAGUUAAAGCCCAAAUCUCAAAUUAAUGAUGCAAAAUAUCAACUGUGUCUUUUGAUUGCCAAUAUGCUAUUUUUGUGUUUAACAAAAUGCAUUAUAUUCUAAAACGGUGUUGGGGCGAGUUUUCACGAUCCCGAAUGAUGCUUCGGUCGUACCACAAUAAAGAUAGACGGUUAGCUCGUAAGGCUGAUUCGAAGUCCAAAACCGCUUAGUAAUAUGUACAGGAAGUCACUCUUUUGUUCACGACCUUCCUUUAUGGAAUCCACUGCAUCAGUCUGUAAAGAUUGAUUAUAUGGAAACAAGCUUUGGUGUUGAAGUCCGUAAUUGUGAACCAAGAAACUCAUAGCAAAAUAUGUAAAUAAGCUUCCUUUUAUAUUGUUAAAGUUAGGAAACUGACGAUAGUUCUGGUGAAGGAAGGAAAAUCAGUUUAUUGGGGUUUUUCUUCUGUCUGCCUUUCAAAUCUUCAUGAAGAUUUCCAUAUAAAACUGAUAAACUAGCGUGUUCAUGGCGAUGCUCUUAUUUUUGUUUUGUUGUUUGAGUUUAUUCUCAAACAUAGACGGAACUCGUUAACUUUAGUAUUCAGGCCUGUGUGUGCACCUGCUGAAGGAGCGUCCGCUAAAUUUUCACUUACUUGACUUGUAUUUAAUUUCUUUUUAAAGGCAUCCAAACCACUCACUUUUAUAUUUUAGAUUGUUGUCCAGAACCCAAUGACGGGGAGGAAGAAAUAGCGGUAGAGCGAUAUUGGAACACCGCCCCCUUAGGUAAGAACGGACGACCAACCUUAGCGUAUAUCCGAUUUUUCCCGGCUUUCGCUUCUAUUUUCACGUACACUGGCAAGUGUAAGUACCAGGUGAGUAUGAAAAUCGGGCCAUAAAUGAGUUUCCUCGGAGAACACAUUACUCUUAUUGGCCAUGAUGUUAAACCCAUCCAGAAGUUUGCUAUUUGAACUUAAAUAAACUAAAUAUACCUAUUUUAUAUUUAGGUAAAGGCGAAUGCAAGCCACGCAAGGGGCAAGAAAAAAUAAUUAUAUCUAGACGAUGGCAAAAGGCGAAGGGCUGUAAGUUUUCGCACUGAUUAUAAUUACAAUCUCCUUCAUUUAGCAGAGGAAGCUAGUGGAAAGCGUGGGACAAGAGGGUCUAAUCCCUACGGUUGUCCGAAAGGCAAACGUAUGUUUUUUAUGUCCUGCAAGCGUUUUCUUGACUAGUGCUAUAUUUUCUAUUGUCCUUACGUACCUAAGAAUGCCGUACUAACGAGAUUCCGUCUCCAACAUCUGGCGGGGACAUAAUGAGAAAAUUUCCUAUUGCUGAAUGUCUACCCCACAUUAAUACUUUCAGUUUACCUGGAGAUUCCAUUUGUAUAUCAAUUUAGAAUUUUUUGGUCCUUCUAGACAACAGGUGCCUUGUUUUAUGAAAAGGUGCCCUGCUUACCAAGACAUUAUCUGACGACUGCAUAUUUUGGCAUACAGGUGACGAAUCUUGCUCAUCCAGUUCUUCAUCCUCGUCCUCCUGCUCUCUCUCAUGUUCGUGUUCCUCCUGUUCCUCGUCCUCAUCAUCAUCUAGCGAAGACGAAUGUGAAAGGAAAAUGAGUCGCUCAAAACCGCAGCGUAGUAAGUAGUCAGACUUUAUCUCAGACUUUUUUUACGACAGCUCAGAGAUAACGUUGUUUUCUAAAUAAACUCGGCAAUAUUCUUCAACUUUGAAGACCAUAAAUAAUAUUCGAAAAGUAGUUGUGAGGUAUUUAGUUUUUUUACAUGAGAGCCGGCGAUUACCGACUGAAUAAAAGUCUAUGGGGAUGUGUCGGAAAGCUGAACAUCGAGAGUGUGCGUCCAGAACAAGGAACAAAGAUGUGCAGAUGGUUUUUCAAUUUCAAAGACUAUGAACCGGAAAGUAGACAUUAGCUAUGCCUGGCUGCAUAUGAAAACAAAGCGGUGGUAAAAACUGAGUUGUGACCAAAUUGCUCGAUCUCUAGCAAUUUUAAGCGAGAAAUGUAAAUUCCACGUUUUGCUGAGAUACAGCAGACAACGACCUCAAAAAUACGCGACUUUAAAUUUGUGUCAUUUGAAAUUCAUAGAAAGUAAGUUAAUUUAAUUUUUAAGAGAAAUAAAACUGUUGGAAAAUAAUUGUUGAAAUGCAAAUAUCUUGGGACAGGCACUAGAUUAAAACUGCACUGUCAGUCGGAAAACUCUCAUUAAGAGAGUUUCUGAGAAUAAAUAACGCCCAUCAGCAUGAUCUAAGUCUGCUCCGGCCUAACUAAUAAGCUGCCGAAAUGUGCCUGCUCAUGAACCAUAGCAAAAUCACUAAAACAGCAGAAUGUUCUGUAUUAUCCUCCAACUUACUAUUCUUUUAAAUGCUGAAAAAUACAGCUGCACUGAAUCUAGUUGACAUGAAACCAAACGCUUUAUAAUACCUGAAACAAUUCCCAUCGGUCUUAUUCCAAUUUUAACUGUCCUACAAAUUUUGAAUUUUGCCUCCCGAAUAACAUUUUUAAAUCGCUUAAAAUGUGUUGCGGCCUGUUAUAACAAAAUUCGGCAGCCUUACGUAUAAUGCGAAUAUAAGCCACUAACUCCGUCAAAGGGGAAACAGAAAAAUCAAAUGGAUGUUGAUUGUCAUGCUUCGCAAAUAUACGUCCAAAAUUUGCUGCUUAAACUGCAUAAAAUGAUUUCUGUGUCGUCUAGAGUAUCGAACCCGUGGAAAGUCAGCCGAUAAAUGUGGGGCCAAGAAGGGCAAGGGUUCCGGUAAGUUGACUAAGAUUUGACCAUACGAUUGGUGAGGGUCGUCCAGUUAGGCUUAUGUAAAAACCAGUAAUACCCGUCAAUUCUUGAAAUCCCAAUCGCUGCAUACAUUUGAAGCCUCUGGGUCAUCAUGUUGCUUUUAGCUGUUUUAGUCGAAAUUCAUAACGCCUUUGUGGCGCAUGCCACCUCUAUUCAGCAUGUCCUUAGUGCAGCUGCAGGAUAAGGGGUCAAGUAAUCACCCCCUUUAUCGCAUUGUGCUGUGAGUUUAGGAGCACUACCUUUUAAAGGAGGCCGGAUGCAAAAUGAUAGUCAUGGCUUCAAAUCGCUGACGUUAGCAAAAAGAAAAUAGACUGAAUAGCCCGGAACAGUUUUUACAUGACAGCAUGCCUAAGAAGCCCGAAAUUUGUUAGAAAUCACUCCAUAUAUAGGUUGCUUAGACAAUACAUAUAUGUGCAUACAUACGUGAUUCAGCAAUUCAUAUUUUUUCCUUGAAUUUUAAAUAAUCCCAAAGGAUUUACAACUUUAUGGGGCAUUUCAAUACCUACAGUGGGUUACAUUUGCGUGUCCUAAAGUUGAAGUCAGAUGUUCGCCUCAGAAUCAAGAGUCGUUUAUCAUGUACUUUCUUGUUUUCAGAUGCGGUGAAACUCUGUAUUAAACUGGCAGAAAAGCACAGAACGCCUAAUACUCCAAGGCGCAAUGCUGAAAAGUGUCAGUUACUUUUGAACUAGCUGCUUUACAUGUUAAGGUUUUCUGAUCGUGUGUGCUCUGAAAAAUAACAACCGUUUCAUACCUGGACAGGCGACGAAAGCGACUCCUCCUCCUCCUCCUCCUCCUCCAGCUCAUCUGACAGUUCCUCUAGUUGCAAUAGUGAGGAUGACGAUUAUAAAAAAUUCGGAUUCCGAAAGCCUUCAAGUAAGUUCCGGUUUGAAUCAGCAUAUGGCUUUAAAAUGAGUCAAAAGACAAGAAGAAAGCUCGUUUACCUUACGUCAUGGAUUCUAAUCCAGCUCAUAACUUGAGACGUAACCGUAUGUGUACGUUGUAGAGUCAAAAUGUCCACCUCGAAAGAAUGCUUCCUGCAAAGACGCCCUUUACAAAGCCCCUGGUAAAUUCUUUUUCUUUUUGAGUACUUAUCUCUUGUCUGUAUAUUAUGAUAUGACUUUAGGCAAAAGGGAGAGCACUUUGCAAUGCUGUUUCGGCAAUUACUACGACUAAAAUGGUACUACGCACGGUUAGUGCUUCAUUACAGUAUAAUAUAAGAAAGACGAAGAAAUGGCGCCAUCUGAAGAGUGUCUCAAAAAGUCUACAUAAUCCGUAAAUACACUUCACAUGUUAAUAAAUCGGCUGCGUUACCGAGAUACGAAAAAAAUUAGACUGUAAAAGAAAACAUAAUCUACGAAAAUAUAAACAAACCCUCCCUUUUUUUCUUCUAAGACUUCAUGUUUAGAUGAAUAGGCUUGGAAAAACCAACAUAUUAAAAGUUAACAUAUUUUAUCAAUCAUUAGAACAUGCUAAGCUGGUAAACGUUAUUGCCAAAAUAAUAUAUUUGCAUUCGAUUGUAAUAAAGCUAUAUACGGACUUCAGUUGCCUGUCGGCGGUAUGACUGCUGGACUUGGCAGCGAAAAGUUAGCAAUUUUGCAAGAAUUAGGACUGCAUUUUAAUGCGCCCCGUUAAAAGAGCUCUGAGUUACUAACACUGUUAACAAUUUUAGAUUAGGUUCAAAUUCCCCUUUCAUAAAUGCUGAGUGAACACAUCUGUUCAGAAAAUGCAAAACCAGUGGCCAAGGCCUCAUGCUUUUAUUCUACAUAAUUCUUUUCCGCAUACUUCCAAUAAUGUCAUUUUCGCUGUGAUUUCUGUAAUUCAAUUUGAAGGUUCACAGUGCCCUCCUAAGCGUCCUCUUGGUAAGGAGAACUAAAUCAACUUUUGGUCUUUUAUGUUUACAUAUUUUUUAAGAAAUUGAACAUUUUUCCAUCGAUGUUUAAGGUGAGAUUUGCCUUCAAUGCGGCGAACCCACGACUUUGCGCAAGUGCCAUUAG